GCUAUGUAAUGGCACAAUGUCUAGAGUUUGAGGAAGUCGGUAGACAGUUAAAAGACGCAGACGCAAUAAGCGAUCUGGCCAAGUUUGGAAAAAUAGUGAAAGAAAGUUCAUACUUGCCAUUUACUAGUUCUGCGGAUGCGCUAGAGAACGCUAGCAACCUUGCCGAAGGCAAGAUUAGUUCAAGGUUGCGUCACUUUUUGGAAGAAUCUCUACCGGCAUCCAAGAAAAGUUUUGUUCUUGGCGUGCAGGACAAAAGUCUUGCAUCUUCUAUCACUGCCGAACUCGAGUACGCAUGCGAUACUAGCGAACGCGUUUUGGAAUUAGGUCGUGGUAUAAGAACGCAUGCUGAAAAGUUGUUGUCGGGAUACCUGAAAAAAGGAGAUAUACAGAGAGGACAGUUGGGUUUAGGGCACAACUAUUCAAAAAGUAAAGUCAAAUUCAGCGCGGAGAGAUCAGACACAAUGGCCAUGCAGGCAAUUAAUCUGUUGGAUAUGCUGGACAAGGAUAUUAAUACAUUUACUAUGCGGGUUAGGGAAUGGUACUCGUGGCAUUUUCCCGAACUUGCAAAAAUAAUCGGCGAUAAUGCACAGUACUCUCAACUAGUUCCUGUUAUCCGAGACAAAAACAGCCUUUCUGAAUCGUCUCUUGAUUCGCUGACGCAAGUAACGGGCGAUGAGAAAAAAUCCCAAGAAAUUAUUGAAGCUGCUCACACUUCCAUGGGUUCUGCCAUAUCCGAGUUGGAUAUGAUUGAUAUCACUCAGUUUGCAAAUAGAGUCGUCGAAUUGAUAAAGUUCAGAAAAAAAUUACACGACUACCUGGUGAACAAGAUGGAAAACGUUGCGCCUAAUUUGGCGGCAUUGUUGGGAGAAGUUGUGUCGGCUAGGUUGAUUUCGCACGCUGGUGGUCUGAGAAAUUUGUCAAAAUAUCCGGCGUCGACUCUGCAAAUACUCGGAGCCGAGAAGGCUCUGUUCAGGGCUCUUAAAACAAAGAGCGCAACGCCAAAAUUUGGUCUUUUUUACCAUUCCACCUUUAUAGGCAGUGCUGGGUUUAAGUCCAAGGGCAAAAUUUCGCGAUUUUUAGCCAACAAAUGCUCAAUAGCAUCACGGAUCGAUUGCUUUUCGGACUUGCCGACGUCAAAAUUUGGUGAGGCAUCAUCGCCAUUGAAAAACUAUGAAGUUAUGAGGCAGGUUAUUAGUGAAAUACAGCAGGAGACCCUACAAAAGACUGCUGAGGAAAGUGAUCAAAUGGCUAUUGAUGUCGUGGAACCAGUGAAAGAAGGAACGGAAGGUGAACGGGUUAAAGAAGGAACGAAAGAUAAAACCAAAAAACGCAAGCCGAAAUCGUCAGUUGUAGAAAGUUCAAAGAAAAAGAUGAAGAUCGACAAAGAGCCAGUCGAAGAAACCGUAAAAGAAAGCUCAAAGAAAAAUGCAAAAAAGGAACUUCAUGAUAACAAAAGCGCGGAACAGAAAGAUAGCGUUAAGAAAGAUAAAGGAAAUAAGGAGAUCAAGACAGAGGGUAAGCCGAAAGAUAAAGAGAGUAAGGCGAAGAAUAAGGAGACCAAGACAGAGGGUAAAUCGAAAGAUAAGGGACUAAGACGAAAGAUAAAGACAGAAGGUAAAUCGAAAGAUGAAAAGAGCAAGACAGAGGGUAAGGUGAAAGAUAAAAGGGAGCAAGACGAAAGAUAG